AUGACCAACAGUAGUUUCAUAGGAGACUUCAUCCUGGUGGGCUUCUCUGACCAGCCCCAGCUGGAAAAGACACUCUUUGUGAUUGUCUUGGUGUCUUAUAUUCUUACACUUGUGGGAAACACAGUCAUUAUUUCAAUCUCUUCCAUAGACCCCAAACUUAAAACACCCAUGUACUUUUUCCUUACUCAUCUCUCACUAGUUGAUAUCUGUUUUACCACCAGUAUUGUUCCCCAGCUGCUGUGGAACCUAAAAGGACCAGCCAAAACCAUUACAAUCCUGGGUUGUGCUGUUCAGCUCUAUGUUUCCUUGUCCUUGGGCUCCACUGAGUGUGUACUUUUGGCUGUGAUGGCUUUUGAUCGCUAUGCAGCUGUUUGUAAACCACUCCACUAUUCAGCUGUGAUGAACCCACGCCUGUGCCAGGCUCUGGCUGGGGUUGCAUGGCUGAGUGGAAUGGGAAAUGCUCUCAUCCAAGGCACAAUCACCCUCUGGCUGCCUCGCUGUGGGCAACGAAGGCUCUAUCACUUCUUCUGUGAGGUACCUUCUAUGAUUAAACUUGCAUGUGUGGAUAUACAUGCCAAUGAAGUCCAGCUCUUUGUUGCUUCACUAGUAUUGCUCCUUUUACCCUUGUCACUGAUUUUACUGUCCUAUGCAUUUAUUGGCAGAGCAGUCAACAGGAUUGGGUCAGUCCAGGCCUGGCACAAAGCACUGGGCACAUGUGGCUCUCACCUAAUAGUAGUUUCCCUCUUCUAUGGGACCAUCACAGCUGUCUAUAUUCAGCCCAAUAGUUCUUAUGCCCACACUCAUGGGAAAUUCCUCUCCCUGUUCUAUACAGUAGUGACUCCUAGCCUCAAUCCUCUCAUAUACACUUUGAGAAAUAAGGAUGUGAAAGGAGCACUGAGAAGACUAUUUAACAGAGAUCCAAGCCUAUGA